ACUUUUCCUUCUAUUGUGAUAAUUGUCCAAAUGUUAACGAUUGGAAAACUGCCGCCACUUAAUCCGCUUUACAUUCAUAGAAAUUAUGAUCAGAAUUUAGAAAAACUUAUUAAAGAGAAACACACAGUUGUUUUGUGCGGUGCUUUAGGAACAGGCAGAACGCAAUUAGCCAGACAAUUUGCCAACAGAAUAUUAAGAUCAAUUAAUAAUGAUAGUGAAUACGAAUUGCUCAUUUGGUUAGUAGCAGAUCAGCUAGAUACACUUUUAAGUAAUUGUAAACAAAUCGGAAAUGCGUUACAAAUUGAAGGUUAUGAACAAUUAACAGAUGAUGAGCUGGCUGGAGCAAUUAAAAGAAAAUUAGAAGAACAAAAUUGUUUGGUAAUUAUUGAUGAUGUUUAUAGUGAGGAAGUAAAACAUAGCAUUGAAAAAUUCUUACCAGACUAUAGCACAGAUAUAAUUAUUAUUAGUUGUCAUGAAGAAUGGGAUUAUCAUAAGUUGCGUAUAAGACAAUCCACCGAACAGGAAGCUAUCGAUAUUAUCAAGCACAUGUUAAUAGAAAAGGAUAUUAGAAUAGUCAGUGAUGAGCAAAUAAAACGAUUAGUUGUUCAUUUUGAGCAUAAUCUUGUGUGGAUAACGCAGGCAAUUAAUUAUAUUAUCGAAAAUUUAGGUGGCGAUAUAGGUAGUUAUCUAAAGAGUAAUGAAAAAUUAGGACAACCUUUAAAAGAUUUUGGUUUAAAUUCCCAGCAAGCUUUAUUAAUUACUCUCAAAAAUUUUCAAAGUAUCACUAAUAGUCUAAUUCUAAAAGAGGAAAGUCUGAUAGCAUUAUUGAUUUUGCAAAUUUGUAGUUUAUUACCGAGUCAAAAUAUUCCAAUAUCUUUAUUAACCCAUUAUUUUCAGUAUUAUUCAAAAGUUCCUGAACGAAAAUCAGAACAAUUAAUUAAUUUAUUAUGUAAGAAAACUAUGCUAAUAGAACGCGAAGGUAGCAAUAUAAGUAUGCAUUGUUCUUACCAGACAAUGCUUAAACAGAAUAUACUAGUUAAAGAAAACAUAAUUGACAUUGCUAAAUUGUCAGACUUACAAACUUGCUUCAUUAAGUUCCUGACAGAAAAAGUAAAAUGGCGUCGUAGUGAAAAUGUUAGCCCUAAUAAUAAGUUUAAGUGGGAACAGAUAAAUAUUUUACCACAUGUUAAGUCGGUGAUUAUACAUUUAGAAACGCAAUCAGAAUAUUCAUAUUUGACCAUUGAUUUAUAUUAUGCUAUUGGUAGUUAUUAUGAAAAUCAGGAUUUAUUGUACGAAGCCAAAUCUUGCUACAUUAAGUCUCGAGAUUUAAGUGAAGACUUAUUAGGUAAAGAUAUACUAACAGAACUCUCUAGCUUAUCAACUGGCUUAUCAACUGGCUUAUCAACUGAAUUGUCAAUUGAUACUACAAAACAAUCUAUUGCCAAAAAAAUUGACUCAACCGCAUAUAAUUUGGAACAAUUUAAAAUGUAUGCCAUAGAAAUAUUAUAUAAAUUGGCUUCCGUAAAUAUAAAAUUAUGGCAAAUUUUAGAUGCAAGAGAAAAAGAUUUAACAGUCCAAUACCUUGAACAAUCUUUUCACCUACAUUCAUUAUUUAUAAAUCUAGACGAUGUCAAAGCCCAGGAUCAAUUUUAUACAUGUCGAAACCUAGCGACAGCUUAUAAAAAACAAGGAAGAUUUCAAGAGGCAAAAAAAAUUAUAGAUAACUUGAUGAAUUCAGACUUUACUAAAAAUAAUUCUGAGAUGAGAUCACUUGUUUAUCUCGAUGCUGCUCGAUGGGAAACAAAAACAAAUCCUCUAAAAGCAAUUGAUUAUUUAAAAAACAGUUUAUUGGAAAUUAAUUCGGUUGCUGAAUUAGAUUAUUCUUACAAUAAUCGUACAAAAGACAUGUUAAUAGUUUAUAUCGAAUUAGGUCGUGCUUAUUUAGAAUUUGCUCGUGCUGAACAAGAUAAAAUCAAAAAAUUUGAUGCAUUAAGAGAAGCUGAUAUUCAAUUACGUUUUGCUUUAAAAUUUAAUAGAGAGCAUUAUAAAAUUGACAAUAACAGAACUGCUGGUAGGAUUUUCCAUUAUUUGGCUGAAGUCAAUGAGAUUAUGGAAUAUUAUUUUUUGGCACGUGAAGCUGUGAUUCAAUCAAUAUUAAUUCAACAAAGUUUUUAUAAAAACCAAGAAAAUAAUUAUAUUAAAGAUUCUUCUCAGUUGUUAAAACGAAUUGAAGAUAGAAUUCAAUGUCUAAAAGAUCUGCCUGAGGAAAUUGAUAAAAAAUCACUAGAAUUUCUUCAGCAAGAACUUGAUAAGAAAAAAAAGGAAUAUAACGAAACCAAUGAUCCUCAAGCGCUCAAAGAAUAUGCAGAUAUAUUAUUAUCAACAAAUGAUCCAGAGAAAAGAAAUAUUAUCAUUAAUU